CUGAUGUUUGCAACUUCGAACUGUUUUCUUUAAGUGUGUGCAAGUGCUUUGCUAUUAUGUUUUUUGCGUGGAAAAGUUGUUAGAGUGGACGAAUUGUUCUGAGAAUUGUUUGUAAGAAUUGUCACGAGAUACAGUAACAUAACUAAUGCCUCUACUACGUAAAAAGCCUUUUGUACAAGAACAAGUACCACCUAAUUUAAAAGCAAACGAUGAAGUUUUUUAUUGCCAUCUUACUGGUGAAGUUUUUCAAGAUUAUGAGGCUUUCUAUCAACGAAUGAUUCUGUGUAAUAGCUUAGUAUGGAGUUGCGAAUUAAGUUUAAAACCUAAUCUUACUUUCAAAGAAGCGCAAGAAUCAGAAGAAAAUAUUCGUAAAACUUUAGAAGUGUUACCUGUUCCUAUUAAAAGGGCUGUUUUAAUGUUGGUUCAUCACACUCGACGCUCUAAAGUCCAAGUUUUAUGUGAUGAUAUAUUUGAUUUUUUAAGAAGUCGCUAUCAAAUUAAUGAGAAACUAGAAGGAAAAAUAAAUGGGAAGUGGGAAAAAGGAAUUAUUACUGAAGUACCAAGUAAUUCAGAUGUCUCAUUUUUUUGCAAAAAUGCUAAUACAGCUCCUACUGUCCUUUCUCUUAAAUCUCCUAAUAAAAAUAAAAAUAAACAACAAUCUGCAAUGGACUGUAAAGAUACAUGGCCAGACCCAAACUCAUUGCAGUACAAGGUUGAAAUAUUGAAAGGUUCACUUAAGGGAUCAAUUGUAACUUUGAAUGGAAAUUGUGUCAGACGAGAAAAAGGUGUGUUUGUUAAAGAAAAGUUAAAAAUGUUUCUUAAACAAUCUUGCGUUCGAACCACUUCUUCUAGUGAUGAUGGAUACUGGAUUGUCAAGUCAUCAGAAGUUACUCGAUACUCCUUGGGAUUAACUUCUAUUGUUUCACCUCAAGUUACACCUAUCUUCAAAAAAUCAAAAAAAAAAGAAAACUCAAUUGUGUCAAAAGCGCCUAUAGAAUCAUCACUGGAAACAAAAACUGAAGAUGUUGAAACAAAAGCAUCUAAAAAGGAUGUAAAAGAAAAAGAAAAGGCAAGGAAAAAAGAUGAAAAAGAAAAGGAAAAAGAAGAAUUGAAUGAUAUUAAAAAGUUAGAAAGUUUGUUUGUAAAAGCCUUUCAAAAAACGAAAGAAGAUUUACAAUUGGAAGAUUCAAAGCCUUUUCCUACCUUGGUUCCAUUUGUUUGCAAGCUUGAACCAGAGUUAGUUGGUGAUGCAAUAAUGGUGGUUGAAUUUAUUAACAUCUUUGGAGCUUUGUUAAAUAUAUCUAAAGAAUUGGAUACAAAAAUAACAUUUGGCUGGCUUGAAGAAGCUCUUCUUGAACAUGAUGCUGAAGGAAAGUAUUAUAAAUUACUAAAAUCUCUUCUACAUUCGUAUUUAUGCAUGGAGCAAGAAGAAACGAAACAAGUAGAGGUUGUUGAUCAUUCUUCAGAUGAAGAAACUUUAACUCAAUCAUCAACAGGGGUUCAGCCUAGCCAAACUGAUCUAGGGGAGGCAAAUGAUACAAAGGAUGUAAGCUCAUCAAGCUCUAAAGCUGCAGCUGCAUGGCCUAUACUUCACCAAGGAAUGGCUUUGCAUGAAAUACCAAUUGAACCAUUUUCGUUAACAGAAAUUUUAAGAUUACAUAUUCUCUCAUCAGGGAUCAAGCUUAAUUCUCGAAUUAACUAUGUGGAUUGGCAGCGUCGAGGACAACAGCAAAUGUCAGAUAAUCCCUGUGUAUACUUUCGGCAUACUGAAUAUGAUAUUAUGAACAACUUAGUUACAAAGUGUGUUUAUGAUUUUUCACCAAAAGACAAAUUGAAAAUUCUUGUUUUGAUAUGCAAUCAGUCUCUUAUGUUAUCCACUAUCAGAGAGUAUAUGGAAGAUGCUUUUGACAAGCAAAAAGAGCUGAGGAAACAACUUCGAGAUAUACAGCAUGAAGAAUCAAAGCGUAAACAGCUUAUUCAAAAAGAAAAAUGGCAAAAAGUACUAGCUGACAGGAAUAAGCUUAAAGAGGAAAUGAAAAACAAAAACUUGAUAAAAAAAGAUGACCCAAAAAAAGAUGACCAAAAAGAAGACUUAAAGGAGCAAGAUCCUGAAAAGCUAAAAAAAGAAGCAAAAGAUAAAAAAACAGAAGAAUCUUUGGUUGAAAAAUAUCAAUUAAAAGAGUUGGAAAUUUUAAAAGAGAUGGUAAAUUACAGCUCAGUAACAAAUGAAAAACCUUUAGGUCAAGAUCGAGCGUUUCGUAAUUAUUGGAGUUUGGAACAUAUGGGUGGGCUUCUUGUAGAGAAUUCUGACACUAGUGCAUUUUUCUUAGCAAAUACUUUAGAUUGUGAAAGUGAAGAAAGUGACGUAGAGCCAUCAGGUGAAAAUACUAAAGAUGUUAUCGAACAGUUCCCAAAAGUGAAAAUUAGUGAUAUAGUACAUGCUAGAGAAACGAAUAAUUCAUUAAUUGAAGAUUUAGUUUUUAAACGUUAUAAACUUCCUUUUACAAAUAAAAUCAAUAAUUUGUGCAAUAAAAGUAAUAUAAUAAAGUCAUAUAUGGAUAAUAUCAAAAAUGGUGAAGAUUUGUCUAUUUAUUCAACUACUUGUUCAACAAAAUGGUAUUCUGUGACAACUAAGGAACAGUUAGAAUCAAUAAUUGAUUCAAUGAACUGCCGUGGUAUACGCGAGAGUGCUCUAAAAAAAAAUUUAACUAAAAAAAAAAAAGAAAUUAUUAACUAUUAUGAAAACAAACAAGAAAUAGAGAUUAAAAAAGGAACUAGAAGAGAAAGCAAGUUAAAUACAAAACAUGAAGAAAAAAAUGAUAUAGAUAAGAAUAUGUUUAAGACCAUGGAUGAUUUUAUAGAAGCAAAUUUGCGCGACCAACUGGUUGAGUUAGAAGAACAACUUUGGAUUGCAGGUUUAGGUGGUUGGAAAGAUAAUAGAACAGAAUGGCGUUUAAAAAUGGAAGACCAAAUGAUACAAUUAGUUAAUGGGGAUAAAAGAGAAACCGAAAAAACAACAAAUAUCAAAACCAAUGGCGAAAAUCAUAUUACAACUGAAUACAUUGCAAAUGGACAUCCAGAAACUGAAGUCAAUUAUAAAAAUGAAAUAUCUGACACAACUAUGAAUCUUGAAGUUUCUGAAAAUGAACAUUAUAUUUCUAAACAAAUAGACAAUGUUAGUGUAAACAAGGAAAACAAAACAUCUAGAUGUGGCACACCAGUUACAGUUCCUCACUCUGAUAAACAAGUUGUUGUUUCUGAACUUUCUCUUGAGCUUUUAAAGAUUAUGAAGAGUAUUGAAAUGAAAUAUUUAAAACCACCUCUAGGGGAAACUGAAGAAUCUCGAAAGUUGCGCAUAAAAGAAAUGAUAGAGGCUACAAAGGCGGAAUCAGAAGCUAACAAAUUUAAAAAAAUUGAUAAAACAGAAGAAGAAGAGCAAAAAAAACUAUCUACUUGUCUUGCUCGUUGGCAAGAAUCUUUGUUAAAAUGUAUGAGUUUUUCACAAGUGUUUGUUCAUCUCUAUACCCUUGAUCGUUCUAUCAUAUGGGAUAAAUCUGUGCAGCAUGUUAAGUGCAGAAUUUGCAGAAGAAAAGGUGAUGAAGAUAAAAUGUUGUUAUGUGAUGGAUGUGAUAGAGGUUUUCAUAUGAACUGUUUGAAUCCACCACUUAAGAAAGUCCCCACUGGUAACUGGUUCUGCAGUGACUGCCGGCCUGUAGAAAUAAGACGUCAAUAUCGAAAACAAUCAUCUAAGUACCGUGAUGAUACUGAGGAGGAGGAAGUUAGUGAAAAAGAAGAUGAUUAUGAAGAAAGUGAAUCUGAAAAUGAUUUUGAAGAGCCUAAUGAUGAUUAUCAAAAUGAGAACAACGAUGAUGAUGAUGAAAAUGACGAUGAGAGUUAUACAUCUGAGCACAAUGAGUUAUGCACAGUCUGUAAUGAAGAAGGGACUUUAAUUUUGUGUGAAAACUGUCCGCGUGGUUUUCAUGUUGAAUGUGUUUAUCCUCCUAUUAAAAAAGUUCCACGUGGUUCAUGGACUUGUCAGAUUUGCAGAGAAGCUGAACAGGAUCUUCCUUUACGUAAAAGAGCUAUUACUAUAGAAAAGCAGCGAGAAAAAGCUAAUAUGGGCUCUAAAUAUAGUAAAAAAUCAAAAAAAGAAGCUAGCAAAUCAAAAGCACAGAAACGAAAUGCUUCACCAUCCAAUGAUAAUUUGUAUAAAAGAGCAAGAUUAGAAAACAGUGGGGAUACACUAAACUUUUCAAGUUCAUCACAUCGUUCUUCAACUGGACUAUCAAGGCAACAACUUAAGCAAUGCAGUGGGCUUAUCAAUGAAAUCUUCAAACAAGAUGAAGCAGAACUUUUUCUCUAUCCAGUAGAUUUAACUGAGGUUCCUGACUAUACUGAUUUCAUUGACUCUCCAAUGGAUUUUUCAACAAUCAAAUCUAAAUUAAAAGACGGAUGUUACUCUGAUAUUAAUGGUUUUAUUUCUGAUAUCUACCUCAUAUUUAGUAAUUGUGAUACUUACAACCCACCUCGUUCACAUGUAGUUCGCAAAGGAACACACCUCAAAACAUUCAUCAACAAACGACUAAAAGAGAUGAGAUUAAAGAGUUAACAAAGUUAACAAUUAACAAAGACUUAACAUUUUAUCAAGUUUUUAAAGUGAUCAUUAAAAAAUGAAAAAUACAUUUAUUAGAAAUCAAUAGCAAACUGUUCAUACAAAUUUUUUACAAAUAAUAUUGUAUUUUUUUUUUUUUUAAUUUGGGAAAAAGCUUUGAAACUUUCAAGAAGGAAUUUUAUAUUUA